GGUGGUGCUGCUGGCUCGGCGCUGGGGCGGGACACCGGGCUUCCUGCCGGCAGCACACCUGGGAGUGGAGCUGGGGCGCCGGCCGUCUCGGGCCGGCGGCAUCGGCAGCAGGAGUAAGGCUGAGACUGGGGACAUCGAUCACAGCAGCCGCAGCAGCGGCAGGAGGCUGCAGGGAGGCGGCGCUGAGCAUGGAGAGCAUCUGCUCCCCCCGGCAGCAGCAGGAAGCGGUGGAAGCGUGGCUGGACGAUCACGGCGACUUUACCCGCUCUUACUUUGUUAGGAAAGCUACGAGAGAAAUGGUUAAUGCAUGGUUUGCUGAGAGAGUUCACACCAUCCCAGUCUUCAAGGAAGGAACCAAGUCCCAGAGUGAAUUCUGUGCUUGUCACCAGCCUGUCUGUACAGAGACCACCAACCCUGGGGCCCCAGUGAGGAAAAUCUCUGCUUCUGAAUUUGACAGACCCUUAAGGCCGAUUUUUGUCAAGGACUCAGUAGGAGCAGUGAGCUUCCUCUCUGGCUCUGAAAAGAAGGAACAGAUGCCUCUGCAAUCUCCAAGAAUUGAGACCAGUGCAGGGGAUCAGUGCUCAAGACUAUUAGAACUUGUGAAAGAUAUUUCUAGUCACUUAGAUGUUACAGCACUGUGCCAUAAAAUUUUCCUACAUAUUCAUGAGCUUAUAGCAGCUGAUCGCUAUUCUCUCUUCUUGGUCUGUGAGGACAGCUCUAAUGAGAAGUUUCUUGUAAGCCAACUGUUUGAUGUGGCAGAAGGCUCUACCCUGGAAGAAGCUUCCAACAGCUGCAUUCGCCUGGAGUGGAACAAAGGCAUUGUUGGCCAUGUGGCAGCUAUAGGCCAACCUCUGAACAUCAAGAAUGCCUAUGAGGAUCCAAGAUUCAAUGCAGAAGUUGACCAGAUCACAGGGUAUAAGACUCAGAGUAUUCUCUGUAUGCCAAUAAAGAAUCAUAGGGAAGAGGUUGUUGGCGUGGCUCAAGCAAUCAAUAAGAAAUCUGGAAUUGGUGGCACUUUCACGGAACAAGAUGAAAAGGAUUUUGCCGCAUAUUUGGCAUUUUGUGGAAUUGUUCUUCACAACGCUCAAUUGUAUGAGACAUCUUUGCUUGAGAACAGGCGUAAUCAGGUGCUUCUUGAUCUUGCCAGUCUCAUUUUUGAAGAGCAGCAAUCUUUGGAAGUGAUUCUGAAGAAGAUAGCUGCCACUAUAAUAUCCUUCAUGCAAGUGCAGAAAUGUACCAUCUUCAUAGUGGAUGAAGAUAGUACUGAUUCAUUUUCCAGUGUCUUUCACAUGGAAUCUGAGCAGUUAGAAGAUUCAGCUGAAAAUCUGAAGAGGGUCUGUGAUGCAAACAAAAUCAAUUAUAUGUAUGCUCAGUAUGUCAAGAAUACAAUGGAGCCUCUCAACAUCCCAGACAUCUGCAAAGACAGAAGAUUUCCCUGGACAAAUGACAGUCCAGAAAAUGUAAGUCAACACAUAAAGAGUUUGCUGUGUACACCAAUAAAAAAUGGGAAAAAAAAUAAAGUGAUAGGGGUUUGCCAGCUUGUGAAUAAGAUGGAAGAAAAUUCGGGCAAAAUCAAGGCUUUCAACAGAAAUGAUGAACAGUUCCUAGAAGCAUUUGUCAUCUUUUGUGGCUUGGGCAUCCAGAACACACAGAUGUAUGAAGCUGUAGAAAGAGCCAUGGCCAAACAAAUGGUGACAUUAGAGGUUCUCUCAUACCAUGCUUCUGCUGCUGAGGAGGAAACAAGGGAGCUGCAGGUAACAGCGGCUGCUGUAGUACCAUCUGCACAAUCUCUCAACCUAACUGACUUCAACUUCAGUGAUUUUGAGCUAUCAGAUUUUGAAACAACACUAUGUACAAUACGAAUGUUCACAGACCUCAACCUGGUGCAAAAUUUCCAAAUGAAACAUGAGGUUCUCUGCAGAUGGAUUUUAAGUGUAAAGAAAAACUACCGGAAAAAUGUUGCUUAUCACAAUUGGAGACAUGCCUUUAAUACAGCACAGUGCAUGUUUGCUGCUUUAAAAUCUGGUAAAAUUCAGAGCAAACUGACUGAUUUAGAGACACUGGCUUUGCUGAUAGCAACUCUAAGCCAUGAUUUGGAUCACAGGGGAGUGAACAACUCUUACAUACAGAGAAGUGAACAUCCACUGGCUCAACUGUACUGCCACUCAAUCAUGGAGCAUCAUCAUUUUGAUCAAUGCCUUAUGAUCCUGAAUAGUCCAGGAAACCAGAUUCUCAGCAGCCUUUCCAUUGAAGAAUACAAGGCCACACUGAAAAUGAUAAAACAAGCCAUUCUUGCCACAGACCUAGCACUAUACAUAAAGAGAAGAGGAGAAUUUUUUGAACUUCUAAGGAAGAAGCAAUUUAACUGGGAAGAUCCUACACAGAAGGAGCUAUUUUUAGCAAUGCUGAUGACUGCCUGUGAUUUAUCAGCCAUAACCAAACCAUGGCCAGUUCAGCAACGGAUUGCUGAGCUUAUAGCUACUGAAUUCUUUGACCAAGGAGAUAAAGAGCGGAAGGAACUCAACAUAGAACCAACAGAUCUAAUGAACAGAGAGAAGAAAAAUAAAAUUCCCAGCAUGCAGGUUGGAUUCAUAGAUGCUAUUUGUUUGCAGCUGUAUGAGGCCCUAACGCAUAUAUCAGAGGCUUGCUACCCUUUACUGGAUGGCUGUAGAAAAAAUAGGCAGAAAUGGCAAUCCUUAGCUGAACAACAAGAGAAGAAUCUGAUUAAUGGAGAAAGCAGUCAAGCCAAACGGAACUGAGAUGCUGAUUGAACAACCACAAGCUUGAGUUCACAUAGAAAACAUAGUAAUAGGGAAGUUGUGCAUUUUACUAAACACUGUAUGAAUUUGGCUUAUGUUUUGCCACUGCUGUAUUAUUUUUCCACAUUUCAAGAUAUAGCAUGACCAUGUAUGAACCAAGGUUAUACAAAGAUAGUUUCUUUUAUUACAUCUGAUGGAGAUGGAAAAAGUUCUGCAAUGGUAUUUUUUGCUACCUUAUUCUGCGAGAAGGUACGAGUGCAGUUACUUGACUGUCCCUGAGAGCCUAUUACUUUACAGAUGUAUAUAGUUGUUUAGUGAUCAUGUUGUGGCCAGUAUCUUAAAGACUGCUGCAUUUCACAUCUUUUUUCCUCUUGUCUUGUUGCAUUAAAUUAUAAAAGUAAUGAGCAGUCUUGCUUUUUCUCUUCCCAGAGGUUCAGAGGAAGGCAGGGGGAUUGGAACUAGAUGAUCUUGAGGUCCUUUCCAAUUCUAACUAUUCUAUGAUUCUAUGACUACCUCUGGGGAGCCUAAUCCAGUAUAUACUAUGCUAACCUCUUUCAGUAGAUGAAAGUGGGCUUUAGAGUGAAAAAGUCCCAGAAGUUGUGCACCCAGUAGGUUUUUUUCACACUAGAGAAAUAUCUUAGCAAAUGUCUUACAUUUAGAGAAAUAAAAAAAACCCCAACAUCUGUGAAUUACUCAGCAAUGGGGGUCUUAGGAAUUUUGUGGUAGGCGUGUCAUAAAUAUCCAUGAAUAAUGAAAAUUCAAGAUAAUAUACACAUUAGACCAACCCCAAGGUACAAGGUAUUCUGAUAGUCUGCAGCAUUUCUGCCAACCUAUUUAUCACUGAUUAAAUCAUAUGUCAAACUUCCUUAAUGACUACCAAUAUUGUAAUUACUAUUAUAUUAUGUAAUACUAUUGCAGCUGAAUUUGAAAAAAAAAAUCUACAGAAUAUUUCUCAUUAUUUUCUAGAUUAAAAAAAAAAAGAAUUAAACAAUAAUAGACUUCCAGGGUUACUGUUACACAGUGCUCCAUAUGUGUGUUUAUAUGCGCACACAGUACAAUGUACGUAUGUAUGUAUGUAGUAUGUCACAGCUUUUGAGAAAAAUGACAGCAGCCUGCCCUCCCAACACACUCCCCAGAAAGAAGUUUUUUAGUACUUCUUGACAAACAGGAAACUUUGCUUCAGGAUUUGCAUAGUCCUUGUAUAUUCUUUUCCUUGAAUGGCCGAGAUACUGAAAUGUAAUACUGAUGAGAUACAUAUUUAAUAUAAAUAUGACUAAAGUGUAUGUAUAUAAAGGUGUAUUCUAGCUAGUACAGUUGAGACUAGUAAUUCAUAGUGACAGCAUGGCAAAUCAGCUACAGUGAUACUACAGUGUAAUGACAUGUCAUUUCCAUUAAGAUCCCAGCAUUUUUUUGCUAUAUUGUGUGUUCACCAAACCUUUAGUAUAACAUAAAUUUAUAGCUAUUACAAAGGAGUGCUGGGCUCAUACCUGUGACUUGAAAAAAAAUGGACAUGAUGUUGCAUUUUUUCAAAGGUUCACAUAAAAUUAACAGUUCUACAUUAUGUGCAUAUAUCUAAUUACAUAUCUGUACACAUUUAUCUUACAGAAUCUCUUCUGCUACAAAGAUUGGUACAUAGAAAUGUGGUUCCUAGUAAAUGAAGCAUUUAAAUUUCAUAAUACCUGUAUAUAUUUUUACAAAACCACACCCUUUAAACUGUUGUUUUGAGAACCUUAGAAGCAUAGGCUGCUGCACUUAAUAAAAUUUCAGUGAUCAAAUUCUUCACCUAGCGUCUUACUCUGCCUGAAGGCAGAGUAUGCUGGUUUCAUGUUAGCUUUGUGUGAACUGUUUGCAGAAACCAAUCAGUCCUUUCGUAAUACAGGUGACAAGAAGAAAAAAAAAAAAAAAAAGAAAGCUAGCCAGGUUGUUUUCUGCCUGGAAUUCAUUGCCUUCAGAAUUCAACAUUUUCAAAUGUAGCCUGUGGAUUACAGCCAUACAGCUGCCAUUAAUUUCAUUAUGAGUUUUAUUUUUUUGUCAAGUCUCAAACAUACUAUCCCAAACUUACACUGUCUACCUAAAGCAGUCAGUGUGGAUCAUGCAAGAAACAGCUGCAAUGGGGUCUAUCAGUUUGUCGGGUCAGUUUUAAGUCCAUUAGAGCAACUGAAAUUUUAUAUUUAAGUCUUCAGGUACAGGACUUGUUUCAUUAAUUUGUAAUACUUGUCUCAAUGAAGACUUAUAUUUUUUUUUAAAAAAAUCACUCCACAGCACAGUUUAAUGCUUAAAGUACACUUUGCUCUGUGCUUUGGUUCCCCCUCUGAAAAAAUUACUUGUCAUAUGAAUUAACAUACACAAAAUAACCCUACCUCUUCUCAAUAAAAUUAUCAGUGAGUCUCUUAAGCUGUUGUAGUACCUCUUUUCCAGCAAUCCAAUUCAAUAUUGGCUGUACAAUGUCUAGGUGUUGUAUUAUCUCACACAAUAAAAGAAUGGAGGGGUAACAUAACACAAUGUUGAUUUUGGAGAUGGUAUUGAUUUUUCAUUAGUAGCACUUUAAAGUUAAGAGCAGAUUACUCUCCUAUAUUCACAGAAUACAAGUGGGCUAGGGAUAAAAAGGAAUACUCUUUCAUUGAUGACCAGCUGAUCUCUUUAGAAGAUAGUACUGAAGCCUCAUUUUAUGCAUCACCCUCCAGCAACUGUGUGCAUGUAAAGAUAAACUUUCGAACUUCAGUUCAACGCGCUUUAGCUGGCAGUGGCACAGACUAAAUCAGAACACUGUCUAAUUUCUACAUAAGAUUUCUCAGAAUUACUAGGUAACUGAAUUUCCAACCCAUUAUGCAGAAGGAUUACGAAGAGUCAGCCCUAGCCCCUUAAAAUUAUGAGAUGCUGCUCAGGUCAUCUGAUUCAUGCCUCUUACAAUUAUUCACAAGAAGACAGCAGAUGGAAAAAAUGCUCAUAAUAAAUUCAUACAUAUUUUAAGGUUUUAUAGAGACCUAGUAUUUCAGGCAAAUUUCUACAUUAGCUUUAGUAAAGAGUCUUGGCUCUGUGACACUGUAGUUUCUUCUUCAUAUCAGAUCAUAUGCAGUUUAUAUUCCACGAGGUUUCAGCUUUAUUUCACAGUUCCUGCUGUACUUCUUCAGGGACUUGCACUAAUUUGAAAGAUCACAGAAUCACAGAAAGGUUAGGGUUGGAAAGGACCUUAAGAUCAUCUAGUUCCAAACACCUUGCCAUGGCCAGGAACACUUCACAUUAGACCAUGUCACCCAUGGCUCUGUCCAGCCUGGCCUUGAACACUGCCACGGAUGAAGAAUUCACAACUUCUUUGGGCAACUUGUUCCAGUACCUCACCACCCUCAUGGUAGAGAAUUCCUUCCUUGUAUCUAGCCUGAACUUCCCGUUUAAGUUUAAACCCAUUCCCCCUUGCCCUACUGCUACAGUCCCUGAUGAAAAAUGCCUCUCUGGCAUUGUUGUAGGCCCCCUUCAGAUGUUGUAAGGCUGCUCUGAGAUAAGCACGAACACUGGAGCUUGAAUAACAAAAUUAAUUUGGCCAGAGUAUGACAAAUGAGGAGGAUUGGAUUUUUUUGUUUGGAUUUUCACAGGUACAAGAAACAUGACAGAAUCUGGCUUGGUAAUCAGUGACACCUGCUAAAUGCAGCAAAUUGUGACAGCAAGAUAUUUGAUCAUUAUCAUUGCUAGAUGAAUGGAAAUUGCAUAGGAAAGUUUAUUUUCCACAUUUUGACAAUGCUAUAUAAUAUUUCUGCUAUAAUAUUAAUAUAAUAAAAAAUAUUUCCGCAAACUUUCACAGCAUGAGCUUGUUAUGCCAGAGCCUAAGGCAUGCUCAAAUGCCCAUUUGAAGUCAAUUAGAUGAUUCCCAUUUAGGUCUGUGGGAGUUUGAUUGAGCUGUAUACAAAGUGAUGGAAGGGGUCAAAUCCACCUCUUUUUUUACCUAUAAAGAGGGACCAAACUCUUACCCUUGGUAACAUCUGCCUCACCUGUUAUUUGCUGUAUUCAGCUAUUAUUGCUGAUGCCUGAGGUACCUUACAGAUGUAACUGAAGUUAGAAUUUGAGCCCUCUAUUUAUUCACAUGGCAGACAUCUGCAUGUGUCUGAAAGAAUGUAGAGUGAAUUGCACUGUAAAUAGUUUUGAUAUAUAUUUCUAUUAUAGUUUAAUAAAAAUCUAAAUCACAGUCACUAGCCACUGAGUUUGUCUAUUUGUAUUCUUUUACUUUUUGAAAAUAUUUGAACAAAUACAUUGUUUCUGGGCACAGUAUUUUUGUACUAGGUUAAGGGGGUUACUCUGCAUCUUAUGUUUUGCCUUUAAGCAGUAUUAAAGUCUUCUGAAUGUUAUGAGGUCUUGCUUGCUUCUGUCCUAUGACUGCUUAGUAAAACUAGUUACAUAAGAGAAUCAUCAGUACUUACUGUACAGCUGAAAGAGAACAGGUUGUUCUCUAAGGUCAAACUGCUGCUUAUUACUUAUUUCCUCAUUCUUGUCUUUGUACUGUUUUCAUGCUUUUUAAAAUAAAAAGGAUGUCAAAUGUU